UUGCGGCUUCACGGGAGCGCUGUAAUGUGAAAAGCCGCAUUUGCACUAUUAGUACUCUCACACUGAAAAGAAAAACACGAGAGCACGUUUCAUUUCUCUUCACGUCUCUAGUAAUAUCCUGAGAGUGGAUUAACACAUUUAAGUGCUACAACCAUGUCCAGGCCAGCGGGAGGCAGCGUUAAUGAUGUCACCCGCUUCCUGUCCACGGGGGCGGGGCCUGGGUCACCAACCUCAGUGUUCUCCGCCUCCAGCCAAGCUGAUUGGGCGGCUAAGAGACUCGUAUGGGUGCCUUCAGAGAAACAUGGGUUUGAGUCUGCAAGCGUGCGCGAGGAGCGAGGUGACGAGGUGGAGGUGGAGCUUACAGACAGUGGGAAGAAGCUGACACUUUCGAGGGAGGAGCUCCAGCGGAUGAACCCACCGCGAUUCAGUAAAGUUGAAGACAUGGCCGAUCUCACGUGCCUCAAUGAGGCCUCUGUCUUACACAACCUACGAGAGAGAUACUAUUCAGGACUCAUAUAUACAUACUCCGGCCUGUUUUGUGUGGUGAUCAACCCCUAUAAGAACCUGCCCAUCUAUACAGAAUCCAUCAUAGAGAUGUAUCGUGGGAAGAAACGGCACGAGAUGCCUCCACAUAUCUACGCCAUAUCGGAGGCGGCCUACAGGAGCAUGCUGCAAGACAGAGAAGAUCAGUCCAUCCUGUGCACAGGGGAAUCUGGUGCAGGAAAGACGGAGAACACAAAAAAAGUGAUUCAGUAUCUGGCACAUGUGGCGUCCUCACACAAGUCUGGCACUCUGGGUCGUCCCAAAGACAGCGCCCUACAGAUGGAUGGUACGCGCUCUCUGGGUCGUGGCAGUAGCGCUGUGAACAGGACUGUGCAGUAUGGGGAACUGGAGAGACAGUUACUGCAAGCAAACCCCAUUCUUGAGGCCUUCGGCAAUGCCAAAACCGUUAAAAAUGACAACUCUUCCAGAUUUGGCAAAUUCAUCAGAAUCAAUUUUGAUGUUGCUGGAUAUAUUGUUGGUGCUAAUAUUGAGACCUAUUUGCUGGAGAAGUCUCGAGCCAUUCGUCAGGCUAAAGACGAGCGAACCUUCCAUAUCUUCUACCAGCUCCUCUCUGGAGUUUCUGAGGACAUGAGAAAGGAGCUUCUGCUGGGCAGUGCGGAUCAGUACCGCUUCCUCUGCGGGGGGUCACUUCCUAUUCCGGGUCAGAGUGAUUCAGAAAACUUUACUCAGACAAUGGACUCAGUGACUAUCAUGGGCUUCAACCAGGAAGAAUCCACAUCUAUGUUAAAGGUGAUCUCUGCAGUGCUGCAGUUUGGGAACAUCACAUUUCACAAAGAGAAAAACACAGAUCAGGCCUCAAUGCCGGAUGACACAGCAGCGCAGAAACUCUGCCACCUGCUGGGCAUCAGUGUACUGGAGUUCAGCCGAGCCAUUCUCACUCCCCGCAUCAAAGUGGGCCGCGAGUACGUCCAGAAGGCCCAGACCAAGCAGCAGGCUGAUUUUGCAGUGGAGGCUUUGGCGAAGGCCACAUAUGAGCGUCUGUUCCGCUGGCUGGUGCACCGGAUCAACAGAGCCCUGGACCGCAGACAGCGCCAGGGGGCCUCAUUCAUCGGGAUCCUGGACAUCGCUGGAUUUGAGAUCUUCCAGCUGAACUCAUUCGAGCAGUUAUGUAUCAACUACACUAAUGAGAAACUACAGCAGCUGUUCAAUCACACCAUGUUUGUACUGGAGCAAGAGGAGUACCAGCGAGAGGGCAUUGAGUGGAACUUCAUCGACUUCGGUCUGGAUCUUCAGCCCUGUAUCGACCUCAUUGAGAGACCGGCUCAUCCUCCUGGCAUCCUGGCAUUGUUGGAUGAGGAGUGUUGGUUUCCGAGGGCAACUGAUCGCUCAUUUGUGGACAAGCUGUCAGCUGAGCAGGGUUCACACCCAAAGUUCAUGCGGCCGCGGCAGCUUAAAGAAGAGGCCGACUUCUCCGUUGUACACUAUGCUGGCAAGGUGGACUAUAAAGCAGAUGAGUGGCUGAUAAAGAACAUGGAUCCAUUGAAUGAUAACGUUGCAUCUCUCCUGCAUCAGUCAUCUGAUCCCUUCAUCUCUGAGCUGUGGAGGGAGGAUAUUCAAACUCUUCCUCGUGUGUACUUUUUUGACUCUUAUGCCACACUGCAAUCCAAUGGCACUGACAGCAUGGAGAGGAUUGUGGGUCUAGACCAGGUGUCAUCUGGUGAGAGCAGUGGACCGGUGAGUUUUGGGGCCGCUGGGCUGAAGACGAAGAAGGGCAUGUUUCGCACAGUGGGACAGCUCUACAAAGAGUCCCUCACUAAACUGAUGGCCACCCUCCGCAACACCAACCCCAACUUCCUGCGCUGCAUCAUCCCUAACCAUGAGAAAAGGGCAGGGAAGUUGAGUCCUCAUUUGGUUCUGGAUCAGCUAAAGUGUAAUGGGGUGCUGGAGGGAAUCAGGAUCUGCAGACAGGGCUUCCCAAACCGCAUCCCAUUCCAGGAGUUCAGACAGAGGUAUGAAAUCUUGACUCCAAAUGCUAUUCCUCGAACCUUUAUGGAUGGCAAACAGGCGUGUGAGCUAAUGAUCAGUGCUUUGGAGCUGGACAAGAACCUUUUCCGGGUGGGACAGAGUAAGGUGUUCUUCAGGGCUGGAGUUUUGGCUCACCUGGAGGAAGAACGAGACUUGAAGAUCACUGACACUAUCAUCCACUUCCAGAGCGUGGCCCGUGGAUAUCUUGCCAGGAGGGCGUUCCAUAAGAAGCAGCAGCAGCUCAGCGCUCUGCGUGUGAUGCAGAGGAACUGUGCUGCGUACCUGAAGCUCAGAAACUGGCAGUGGUGGAGACUCUUCACCAAGGUGAAGCCCUUGCUGCAGGUGACCCGCCAGGAUGAAGAGAUUCAAGCUCGGGAAGCACAGCUUCAGAAAGCCAAAGACAAGUUGACUAAACUAGAGCUUGACUUUUCUGAACUAGACAGAAAAAACCAACAGCUGAUGGAGGAGAAGUCAGUGCUGACUGACCAGCUGCAGGCGGAGGCGGAGUUAUUCGCAGAGGCAGAGGAAAUUAGAGCGCGGCUGGCCAGUCGCAAACAGGAGCUUGAAGAUGUGUUGGGGGAGCUUGAGAGCCGAUUGGAGGAGGAAGAGGAGAGGAUCCUUCAGCUGACCAAUGAGAAGAAGCGAGUGCAGCAACAUGUGCAGGAUCUGGAGGAACAGCUAGAGGAGGAAGAGGGAACACGUCAGCGCCUCCAGCUGGAGAAAGUCACCCUGGAGAGCAAAGUGAAGAGUCUGGAGGCUGAGACGCUGACUGUGGGAGAGCAGAGAGACAGAUUAAGCAAGGAGAAAAAACAGCUGGAAGAGAGACUGAAUGAAGUUUCAGAUCAACUCACAGAAGAAGAGGAGAAGGUGAAGAGUCUUAACAAGCUGAAAAACAAACAGGAAGCUGUCAUCGCUGAUUUAGAAGAGCGUCUGAAGAGGGAAGAGCAGGGCCGUCUGGAACAGGAGAAGUGGAAGAGGCGGAUGGAAGGAGAGGCAGUGGAGGCCCAAGAACAGCUGUCUGACCUGAGCUUACUCGUCACUGAGCUGAGAGGCAGCCUGAGCCAAAGAGAGAAAGAGAUCACCACACUACAGACACGGCUGGAAGAAGAGGGGGCACGUCGUGCAGAGGCUCAGAGAGCACUGAGAGAGGCCAUGUCUCAGGUCUCUGAGCUCAAAGAGGAGGUGGACAAUGAAAAAGGAAUGAGGGAGAGAGCUGAGAAACAGAGGAGAGAUCUGGGAGAGGAGUUAGAGGCUUUGAGGACUGAACUAGAAGAUACAUUGGACACUACAGCUGCUCAGCAAGAGCUCAGGUCUCGCCGUGAGGCUGAAUUAGGAGAGCUUCAGCGAUGUUUAGAGGAGGAGACCCGUCGUCAUGAAGCCCAGCUGUCAGAGCUCCGUAUCAAACACACCGCUGCUAUAGACUCCCUACAGGAGCAGCUGGACAACGCCAAGAGAUCCCGUCAGUCUCUGGAGAAGGCGAAGGCCGUUCUUGAGGAGGAGCGCAUGAACCUGAGUGCUGAGCUGAAGACUUUACAGGGAGGGAAGAUGGAGAGCGAGAGGGGCAGAAAGCGAGCAGAGGGACAGUUACAGGAACUCAACGCACGCCUCUCACAGGCUGAGAGAGAAAGAGAGGAGCGAGAGGAGCGACUCAGUAAACUCCAGUUGGAGCUCGAGUCCCUGUCCAGUUGCCUGUCCUCAUCUGAGUCCAAAUCUCACCGCCUAAGUAAGGAGGUCAGCAGUCUGGAGAGCCAACUACAUGAUGUGCAGGAGCUACUGCAGGAAGAGACACGGCAGAAGUUGGCGCUGGGCUCACGUGUACGUGCUCUAGAGGAAGAGAAAGCUGGAUUGAUGGAGAGACUAGAGGAGGAGGAGGAGAAGACCAGAGAACUUACACGCCAGAUUCAGAACCACACACAACAGCUGUCUGAUCUAAAGAGGCAGACGGAGGAAGUGAAUUCAGCGGUGGAGGCCGGGGAGGAGGCCAGGAGGAAGAUGCAGAGAGAGCUCGAGAAUGCCACACAGAGAGAGAGAGCCAAAGAAGAAGAGAAAGAACGCAUAGAGAGACAGAAAGAACGCCUGAGAGAAGAGAUAGAGGACAUGACAAUUGCUUUGCAGAGAGAAAGACAGAACUGCACUGCUCUGGAGAAACGACAGAAGAAAUUUGAUCAGUGUUUGGCAGAGGAGAAAGCAGUUAGUGCUCGGCUGCUGGAGGAACGGGACCGCGCAGAAGCAGAGAGUCGAGAGAAAGAGACGCGUUUCCUGUCUCUCUCAAGGGCAUUGCAGGAAGCAACAGAGCAGAAAGAUGAGCUGGAGAGAACCAAUAAGCAGCUCCGCCUGGAGAUGGAGCAGCUCGUCAAUGCCCAAGAUGACGUGGGCAAAAAUGUUCAUGAGCUAGAACGUUCUCGACGGGCUUUGGAAACAGAAUCCCAGUCUCUGAAAGAACAGACCCAGGAGCUGGAAGAUGAGCUGACAGAGGCCGAGAACGCUCGCCUCAGACUGGAAGUCACCCUUCAGGCUCUUAGAGCUCAGUUUGAGAGAGAGAUCAGCACUAAAGAGGAGAAAGGGGAAGAAAAGAGGAGAGCACUCAACAAACAGGUGCGAGAACUUGAAACAAUGCUUGAGGAGGAGAAGACUCAGAGAGCUCAGGCUUUGACUGUCAAAAAACAACUGGAGACAGAGCUGCAGGAGGCGGAGGCUCAGGUGGAAGCAGCCAAUCGGGGCAGAGAGGAAGCACUUAGACAGAUGAAACGUCUCCAGACUCAGAUGAAGGAGCUUAUUCGUGAGCUUGAUGAGACCAAGUUGGCUCGAGACGAGAUUGUUGCCCAGUCAAAGGACAGCGAGAAACGGCUGCAGACUCUGGAAGCAGAACUAUUACAGCUGACAGAGGAGCUGGCUGUUUCUGAGAGGCAGCGGAGACAGGCCCAACAGGAGAGAGAUGAACUGGCAGAUGAAAUCGUCAACAGUACAACUGGAAAAUCUGCACUGUUGGAAGAGAAGAGGCGUUUUGAGGCCAGAAUCACUCAGCUGGAGGAAGAGUUGGAGGAGGAACAAAGUAAUGCUGAGCUGCUAGCUGAGAGGCAGAGGAAGAGCACCUUACAGGUUGAGACACUUACAGUCCAGUUAUCUGGAGAGAGGACGCUGGCACAGAAGAGUGAGAGCGCACGAGAGACUCUGGAGAGGCAGAAUAAAGAGCUGAAAACUCGUCUCAGUGAGAUGGAGGGGGCUGUGAAGGGAAAACAUCGCCUCAGUGUCGCCGCCCUGGAGGCCAAGAUAGAAUCUGUGGAGGAACAACUGGAGCAGGAGAGACAGGAGCGAGCCAUGGCCAACAAGCUGGUGAGGAAAACAGAGAAGAAACUGAAAGAAGUUCUGAUACAGGUGGACGAUGAAAGGAGACAUGCGGAUCAGUAUAGAGAACAGUUGGAUAAGUCUAUGGGACGUCUCCGUCAGCUGAAGAGGCAGUUAGAGGAGGUGGAGGAAGAGAACUCCCGCUCCAACGCUCAGCGCAGGAAACUACAGCGAGAGCUGGAGGAAAUGAGUGACAGCAUGCAGAGCAUGAACCGCGAGCUCAACACUCUCCGCUCCCAACUCAGCGUCACAGAACGGCAGAAGUCAGAACAGCGAGCUCCGCUCCCUAUCUCCAUGCGUGCUGGCCGCAGGGCUCUGGUGGAUGACCUUUCUCAGGAGAACUCUGAUUCUGAGGAUCCAGGUGCUUCUCCCACCCCGUCCAGCGGCCCGCCGGGUACCCCCACACCCUCAGACAACGCCCUGGGCCCCCCUCCUCCAUACAGCCUUACAGACGCUGAAUAAGAAGGGGAGAGUGUGAUAGAUGGACAGUUUUACUGGUUUAACUUACAUAGCUUUUGCCAUCAUACACAUAACAGAACAUCCGUGCUGUCACACAUAACUUGAAACUAGUUAAUGUGAUUUAAUGAUUUUAAAUGAACAGAUUAGCAUGCAAGAUGGAGAAAGACUGAUGCAGUACUCUUAUAGUACUAUUUAAACCAAGCAAGCAGUGAGUAAAGACUGCAGUUUUUAAGUUGGGGAGAAAAGAAAACGACAUUUCCCAGCAUUCCUUGGGAAAUACAAGUAUCGUAUAUCGGUGCAGUAUGUCAGGCUUGUUGUGGCAAAAUAAAGAUGGCCAUCUCAAGCUCUCUCUCAGUCAAACAAAAGCCAUGUGUUUAGGAGAAAUGUGCAUGUGGAUGGCAAUCAAAGGCCAUCGGGUAUUGCACAGAUGAUCCACGAUCAGGCUAAAAUGCAUCAUCUGUGCUUGCAAGCCAUCAAACCCUCAAAGCACUGAGAAACUUUCUCUCUCUCACUCCUAAAAUAAUGUAAUGUUUUAAGAAAUUGAGAGUUGAACAGGAUCAAGGACGUCUCUUUGGUAUUUUAGAAUAUCUCUGUGUUUAAAUUUUAAAAGUGAUAGCUCUACUUCAGAUAAAUAGACAACAAUGCUUUUUGUUAUACAUAAUUAGGCAGAGAUGAUGAUUAUGGAAGCCCAUUUCCACCCCAGUAAAGAAAAAAAAAAGGUAAUUGCAACUUUAUAUGUGACCCUGGACCACAAAACCAGUCUUAAGUGUCGAUAUCUUCAUGGAACAUGAUCUUUACUUAAUAUCCUAAUGAUUUUUGGCAUAAAAGAAAAAUGGAUAAUUUUGACCCCUACAAUGUAUUUUUGGCUAUUGCUACAAAUAUACCCCAGCGACUUAAGACUGGUUUUGUAGUCCAGGGUCACAUAUGUCACUACCGCAAUUUUGAUUCUUGUAAUUGUGACUUUUGAUUAUAUCUCACAAUUGCAACUUUCUUUCUCAAUAUUGUAACUGUAUAUGUAGCAACUGCAAGUUUGUUUCUCUCAAUUGCGACUUUAUAACUCACAAUGUGACAUUAUAUCUCAAAAUGUGACUUCAUAUCUCACGGUGUGACUUUAUAUUUCGCAAUUGCGACUUUACAUCUCGCAGUUGAGAGUUUGUUUCCACUAAUUGUAGCUUUGUAACUUAAAAUUUGACCUAAUGUCUUUCAGUAUGACUUUAUGGGCCAGAUUUACUAAACAGGGCAAAUUAGCGUUAGAGCGCAAUUCCAUAAAAGCGCAGAUGGAAGGGGAAAAUUCUGUGGGUGAUUUACUGACAAGGUGCACAUUAAAGAACACAGACACAACAUCUCAUUUCCAUAAUGACCAGCGCAAUCUACCAAGAGCAGCGCAAAUUACUGCAUGCUUUAAGACAUGCUUUUUUUGGGCGUUAAAUAAUGGCAAAUGCCAGUGAAUUUACGAGCGCAAGUCUUAGUAAAUCGCGUUGCGUGAUUCUUUUAAAUACUUACCUUCCAUAAAUUUACCGAUUGAAAGGGAAACUCCUACAAAUGCAUAUUAAAUAAGGUGAGUCCACGACUUUUCAGCGCUAAUUUCCCACUUAAUUUCAAGAUCUUUAGUAAAUCCUGACAGUAGUUUUUUAAUGCCAAAUGAGGGUUUGCGCAGGCGCAAGCUGAUAGUAAAUCUAGCCCUAUAUCUCAUAAUUGUGACUUUUUAUCUCACAGUGUGACUUUAUUUCUUGUUUUAAACUUUGUGUCACAGUUAUCUUUUUUUAUUUUUUACUCUGAGGUAAAAAGGGGUUUCCAUAGAUGGCAAUUUACAUGCACAAAGCUAUGAUUGUAUAAAACAAAGACAGACAAGUGAGAAAGAGAAAAAUGCUUUUCUAUUAAAUUAAUAUGCUACAAAUUUGAGCCGUCCAUUAUAGCUUUUACAUCUUAGCCAUAACCUUACCAUAAUAAAAAAAAAAAAAAAAAAAUGAGGAUACAGAAAAUAAAAUAAAAAAUACAUAAAAGGUCAAACAGAUACUGGACUUAUAGCAGAAAACAAAAGAAAAGCAGCCAAAGCUGACAGAUUUCAUGUAGAUUUAACAGUAACGACUCUUAGAUAUUUGAAAUAUACCUGCUGUGAUCUCAUUCAAACUUUAGUAUUCAGUUCAACUCCCUAUUAAGUUCAGGGUAUCUGUGCUGCAGAUCGAACCCUCUUAGAUACUGUGUGUAGAUAGUUAGGUAGCUCUAAAGGGACGCUUUUGUUAGUAGUGACAUAGAUAGGUAGUUAGGAUUUCUUAAUUUAUGUCUUAACACAUCGGCUCCAGUUUCAGACUACUGACUUGUUGUAAUUUUUAUCAAGUAAGAGAAUUCCAGUAUGCAGUCUAUUUAUUUUGUUUUGUAUCGAUUUUUUUGUCUGCACAUAGACAUGUCAUGGUUGUUGUAUAGUUUGCAAUCUUAAGUGAAAACAAGGCAAAAUGAAAGAGAAUUUGAGGGUAAGGAUGGGUUUACACUUAGCAGGGUAUCAGUCAGUAACACUGGACAGAAUAAAAACUACAUUUUCACUAAAUAAGCUGCAGUGGACCUCAAAGAAUAAAACACAUCAAACUCAAAUAACACUUCCGUCAAUAUGGUUUUGACACUGGGCAAGAAUGAGAAGUCUGUUAUCAGGAUUUCUGAGAGUUUCUAACUUGGAAGAUAUAAACAUAAUAUCUUGCCUACUUUUCCUAGGGGUUGAAGGCUGCUAGUUAUUACUUAUCUCAUUAUACCAAUGUCAUUUUUUUUUUUAUCAAAAGGACAUAUUGUAUUUUUGUUUGAAUGUUUGUUUGUUCAUUUUUGAAUGUGGUAAAUAUUUAUGGAUCAAAGCGUUUGUUACACACAAUCUGGGGCAUAUGGAUGACUAAAGGGACAUUAUUAUAGCUGUAUGCAUGUCAACAGUGCCUGUAGUAUCUGCAGAAAAUACAAAACGGGGUCAUUGAAAAUCAGUGAAAUAAUAAGAACGAGGUCUGGAAUUUGAUAAAUAAAUUGCAAUAUUAGGUCUCCCUGAACAGCAAUCUGACUCAGACAUCCUUCUCAUAGAUACUUUUUAGAUUACAUUAGUUGAUUGGUUCUGAAAUGGGUUUUUUUUUUUAAUUGAUGAAUUUAUGACAAAUGAAAGUUUCCUUAACCUUCACUGUACGCAAGUCUAAUACUGUCAUUCAUAGAUACCGUAUGGUGAUGAGCAUUUUAAUACACUGCUCCUGACUUACACAUGCUAGUUUUUCAAGCGAUAACAGUGUUAAACUGUGAAUAAUAAUUGUUUGUCACCAUUAAGUAUUAGAAGCCUGUGAAAUUACAAUUUGAUUCCCUGAUACACUGUUAUUACCGCAGUUAUUACUACCUGUGUGUUUCUGCAACAGUAUCUGUCCUGUAAAUCGGAAAGCAGGGUUUUCGUAUUGGAUCAUCUCUGUACGCAAAAUGUCUGUAAUAGGUUAUAUAGAUCACAUUUUGAUACUUGAAUUAUUUUAUUUGCCCCAGUAAUGUUUCAUUUAGUGUAUUUUUAAAUUCUGAUCUCUAGAAUCAAGCUGGAAUUGUAUUCAGUUGUAAAAUGUUGACUGAAAGGGAGGAAACCACGCUGUUAAGACAAAAGGUAGAAUUGCACACACAAGCCUUGUACAACAGAUUGUUUUUAUUCUGCUUAUUUGUCCAUGUUCCUAAAUUACAUCUGCCUAUAAUCUGACUGUUUGCCUUUCAAGCAACUCAACAUUGCUGCUAAAAAUGAGACAAAUGUACGAGUCAUUUUAAUCGAUUUGUACAUUUAGCGGACAGGUUUGCAGAGCUGUUCAACUCAAAAAAUCAAUUUGGAGAGCAUUCGAUUUCAGAAACCAGUCGUAUUUCUUUGAAUCCUAAAUUCUUGUUUAAUAAAUGAGCCUUGUUAUACUGAACCUGUGCUUUAUAAUGCAGCUUUGAACCGGUGUGAGAUGAGUGGACAAUAGCAGAGAAUAUGUAUGGAAAGGAAUUAAAACUCCAGCGGAGAUACAUGUUGGAGAUACAAGUGUUUCUGAAGAGGACUGUGUGCUUUUUUGCAUUUGUGGAACUUGAAUUUUUAACCAUGUUGUUUAUUUGGUCUUUUGCUUUAUUUUGCUAUAAUGAUAAAAUGAGACUGGGGUGAAUUUUAAUAUACCAUUGGUUUUGAAA